UAGAAACAGUCUGUGAACCUGCAUUUCCAGUUACUGUCCCAAGUGAUUCUGAGUAACCACAAAAUAUUUGUCGACUAGAACUGAACCAGGAGCCCAGAUGAACUUAAAGAAGCUAGCAUGGGAUUCUUAGUUUUUCAGGAUCAGUACACAGCAAACCCUUAAUCACCACAACUCCAGCGUCCAGGCUAUCUCUGGUUUUGUGAAGACUUAGCGAAACUCUGAUGAUGGAAAAGCAAGGGACUUAAUUACUUGCUUCAGUAUCAUCCCACAUCAAUGGAAAGUGAACCACGCAGUGGUCCGGCCAUGGAGAGAAAUUCAACUUUAUGGAAGAACCUAAUAGAUGAACACCCAGUCUGCACCACCUGGAAGCAAGAGGCCGAAGGAGCCAUUUACCAUCUUGCCAGUAUUUUAUUUGUCGUAGGUUUUAUGGGUGGCAGUGGAUUCUUCGGCCUCCUUUACGUCUUCAGUUUGCUGGGCUUGGGUUUUCUCUGCUCCGCUGUCUGGGCUUGGGUAGAUGUCUGUGCAGCUGACAUAUUUUCCUGGAAUUUUGUACUGUUUGUCAUCUGCUUCAUGCAGUUUGUUCAUAUUGCAUAUCAAGUUCGCAGCAUAACCUUUGCCCGAGAAUUCCAGCUAUUGUACAGCUCCAUUUUCCAGCCUCUGGGGACCUCUUUGCCCGUCUUCAGAACAAUUGCUCUGAGCUCUGAAGUGGUUACUUUGGAAAAGGAGCACUGUUAUGCCAUGCAAGGGAAAACCUCCAUUGAUAAACUCUCCCUGCUUGUUUCAGGAAGGAUCAGAGUGACAGUUGAUGGCGAGUUUCUGCAUUACAUUUUCCCCUUCCAGUUCCUGGAUUCUCCUGAGUGGGACUCACUGAGACCCACAGAGGAAGGCCUUUUUCAGGUAACCCUCACAGCAGAAACUGAUUGUCGAUAUGUGUCUUGGAGGAGAAAGAAAUUAUAUUUGCUCUUCGCUCAACACCGUUACAUCUCUCGCCUGUUUUCGGUUUUAAUUGGCAGUGACAUUGCAGAUAAACUCUAUGCCUUGAAUGACAGGAUAUAUAUAGGAAAAAGAUACCACUACGAUAUUCGGUUGCCCAACUUCUAUCAAAUGUCAAGUCCAAAAAUGCCUAGAACACCCCUGACAGGACAUUUUCGGAAUUCCAGACAACAUUGUGAUAAAUGAUGUUGAAGUCUGAAGUUUUAUAAUUAUAAACAAGACUCUCUUCAUCAUUCCCCCAAAGAAAUAGCUAAAUACAGAAAAUUGAGCUUACUAAUAUUUUUAUAAAUCAAAUUCAGAGGCAAGAUGUCAUUGCCAGCUGUUUUAUUCAUCUCAACUUCUGCAUUGUGAAUAAAUUUUACAAAUUUUUCUGUAUUUCUUAUUGGAAUAAAUGGGGGAGGAUGAAUAACUCUGGGCAGUUUGCCCUUUUCUGCGUCAGAACUGGGAGAAUGAAAUUUUGCAUUCUCAAAUAUUUCCUCAGAUUUAUUCAAAUCUAUAGUCUUGUCCUAUUGAGUUGGGCAUUGCUUCUCAAGGAGCAGCCAGAAGUUCUCUUGGCACGAGAGUGGGUUGCUACUGUCCACAUCAGUCUUUCCAGAACUCACUUUUUGCACCCCUGAUGAAAGCAAAAUGUACUAUUGUAGUGGGCAGCAAUUAUUUAUUUCAAGUGUGAAGUUAUUUAAUAUGACUAGAAAGUAGAAUAAAUGCAAGAGAUGAUAAUAUACCAA